AUGAACGAAAACCUUCCCCCGCGUUGGUCUCCCAUGGUUGGCCCCGAGGAAGAAUUCGCAAACUUUCUCGACUUUACUGACCUCGGUUUCGGUGGCUACGAUGCUGUGGAUCUACAACAGGAUGGAGCUGGGGCAAUGGAUACCUCCAUGGAGGGUGCUGCCGGCAUCCUUGGACUCGGGCAAGGGCAUAUGCAGCAACAGCAGCAGCCGCCGCCACCAGUGGAUCAGCGGAAUCAUGCGACCCCCAUAAACGGCUUUCAUGGCUCGACAGAAUCCUUUCCAGAUCUUGCUAUGCAGCAAGAUCUUUUCGAUCAACAGCAGCAACAACAGCUACACAUGCAGGACCAGCAAUAUUACGGUCAGAAUGUGGUACCACCUACACCUAACAGUUUGGAGAUGCACGGAGGACAUGCGCAGUACUAUCGGACGCCGGCUGAUCAUCAGCAGCUGCGUAUGUAUGAUCACUACAGGCGAAUUCAGAAGGAUCAGAUGAUUUUUACCCCUCUCGUAUCUCCUGCAGUAACUCCACUCGAUACGCAAUUCCAGUACCCAGACUAUGCUGCACCAGCAGAUGCCUUCAGUCCGUUAACCUCGCCGGCUCUGAGAGCGCAAAACCAAGCUGCCCAACAAUCUGUCUAUGGAGCUGUUCGAGGCUCAGAUACCUCCGAUACGACGUCGCCCAUAGACCCAAGUCUUGAGUUCUCCGCACCCACCACUGGGUCGACAGCAGCAUCUUUGCGUAAGUCGAAACGGAAAACGUCUUCAUCAUCCACAAAAAUUCAAGCCCGCGCUGUAAGACAGUCCCCCGCAAUGAAGCCACAAAACAGGAAGAAGCAGCCUUCCAGCACAGUCAUACCGCCAAAAGAGGUAUCUGGGAUCAUUGAAGAAGCGAGGAGAUCAAGCCAAACCAACAAUACUCAGCAGAAGGCUGAUGGAAAACUUCAUCUUCCCUAUGGUCAAGAUAGCUCUGGACCGGACUCGGUCUCUCCCGAGCCAUUGUCCGAGAUUCUUAUGCCACCACCUGCUACACCCAAAUCUAGCUCUGCCAGCAGAUCCCCUUACCUCCAUGCCAAGCAAAAUGGACACCAAGCGGGCCCCUUGCAGGACACAAACGGCGAGCCUGCAACUCCCGCAUCAUUGAUGAAGAUUCGUAAACAGGCUGGAAAAGUCAACGGCAUGAAUCGUUCGACGUCUAGCUUGAAAGAGCAGACGGCACUUGCAGAGGCGGACAUGGAGCAAAUUAUGGAGGACAUUCGUCUACCUGAGCCAACGAGUACAUCGAGGAAACCGGCUCUGAAACCAAUCAACACAGCAGGUGCAAACCUAGAUCAAUCAUCGCCAACCAUGGGUGCUCGGAAGACGCCCAAAUGUGGCCCCGCAAGUGCACCAAUCACCACGAACACCUCAGCAUUUCCAAGCCCCCAGCUUGUUGCUUCGCCUACGAGCGCAGGAGCCAUCAAACGUGUAGAUUCUAGAAUGAAGAGUAGGGAUCCGAAGAAACGCAACAGCCAAGGCUCUGUGCAUGUCAGCCCCGCCCUACGUCCCAAGAUCUCUCCCAGCAUUCAACCGUUGCUGCCAGAAGGAGUCAUCGUCUCCGCAGAAACCUCUGCCCUUCUACUCGCAUCCAAAUCCAAUUACCAGAACAUCCUCGAAGGCACCCACCUGCCCGGAGUCUCCUACCCCGAAACUCUCUCCACAAACCUCACAUCUAAGCGUACGUCACACAAGAUUGCCGAGCAAGGCCGUCGCAACCGUAUCAACACCGCGCUCCAGGAGAUUGCAGGCCUCUUACCCCCUUCUACACCACAAGUCAACGGUCAAUCUGGCGGUACGGGAGGAACGAGUCCCAGUCUUAUGAUGAGCGGAACGCUAGCACAGCAGAGCAAUAGCAAGGCUAGUACGGUGGAAUUGGCGAUCGAGUACAUUAAGAGCUUGCAAAAGGAGCUGAGCGAGGCAAAGGAGAAAUUACGGGCAGCCGAGAGGGAAAGCGAGGCAAGAAAGGACAAGGAUAAGGAAAAGGGAAAUACCGCCAUGAACGGAGACAUGGAGACAGAAGCUACUUGA